UCGGGAGGGGAGGUGCAGCUGGGGCCGCUGCCGACCAUCGACUCGAAACGACUCGAAUCGAGACUCUAGGCUGCUGGCGUUGGGCGCGGCUGAUCGGGCUCGCCUUCGCCGUCUCAGAGCCCGCUGCAGAAUGUCGUGUGACUUGGGCGACAGCUUGCUCUGCUGCGAGACGGGAGUGUUUGGGGCGGAGCCGGUCUGCAAGGCCAUCCGUGACCCGGCCCUGGUCAACGACAGGCGAGUUCUGACCAACUUGCUGGACACGGAGAGUCGCUACCUGCCGUCCUGUUCCUACUUCAAGUGCGUGCAGAACGAGGUGAAGCUGCCAAUGCGGAGGAUCCUGGCGUACUGGAUGGUGGAGGUGUGCGAGGAGCAGCGCUGUCAAGACGAUGUGUUCCCGCUGUCCAUGAACUUGUUGGACAGAUUCCUCAGUGUGACGAACGUAAAAAAGGACCACUUGCAACUGCUGGGCGCAGUCUGUCUGUUUGUGAGCUCCAAACUGCGAGAGACGCGCCCUCUGCCGGCCGAGGUCCUUGUGCAGUGCGCGGACAACAGCAUCACAGUUCCAGACAUCAUUGAAUGGGAACUACUGGUGCUCCACCGGCUGCGAUGGGAAAUCAACGCUGUGACGUCACACGACUUCCUGGACCCGCUGCUCCAUCGGCUGUCUCUCGAGCGGUACCUGCCGCCCUCCAGGGUACCUGACGUGCGGAGACAGGCACAGACCUUCAUCGUCAUGUGCAGUACAGAGUUCAAGUUCAGCAUCCACACGCCGAGCAUGGUGGCGGCGGCCAGCCUGGCGGCGGCCGUGCAGGGCCUGCUGCCGGCUCGGCGGGAGGCCGCCAUGAGCGACAUCUUCAGUCAGCUGCACCGCAUCACCGCCGUCGAAACGGACCUGCUGCGGAGCUGUCUGGACCAGAUCGAGGAGAUGAUCCGGGAGUUCACGGCCGAGCAGACGGGUCGCGCCGCGCCGGCCGGUGGCCACCCCUCGGCCGAGCCGGCGGGGGACUACCAGACCGCCGAGACGCCCACCGACGUGCGAGAGGUGCACUUCUAGAGCGGCUCGUCCACCGGCCCGCCGGCCGCCCGGUGCCCGCGACACGUCAUUGGCUAUGACGUCACACGGGCGCAUGUGGCGGCCGCGCGGUCCCAGGCUGCCAGCGGAGCUCACCAGCGCGCCUGUACGGCAUCGCCCUCUAAUCUAAAGCAUCUGUCGAAAAUUCAAAAGCAUGUGCCUGUUCCGCGAAAUGCCAGUGUCACGUUGCACGACAAACUCCGUAUUUUUCCACCCUCGUCGACAGUGUUUCAUUUUCCUGUUUUCUGUCUGGAUUUUUGUCGGUGCGUGGGAGUCGCGUCUGACCGUACCGGCCGGCUGGUGAGCGCCGCGGACUCGUUCUCGUACCUUGGUGGGGUUUCGGCGUCCCUCCCGCGGCGCAUGCGUCGCGUAGUCACACGCUGUUAGUCGCUGUACAUAUGUGAUACACUACGUCAGAGCAAACGGAGCGUCGAACGUGACGUGAUAGGCGUGUAGAGGAGAGCGCGCCGCUUGUAGAAGCCUUCGAGUACAAAGUCGGCCGGGCGCGCGCGGCGCGGCGCUGCGCGGCCCGUGCGUGCGGGCAUCGGCAGGGCCGCCAGGACCGGCCGCCGCCGCCGCCGCCGCUGCCGGGGGUCAUCGGCCGUGUUUCUGUUUCUGCGAGUAAAUAAACAGAGCGGGCCUCGGACAAUCAUGCGCGCGCCGCCGGAGCGCGCCCCGCACGGCGCCGCCAGCUGACGAGUUGGUCUGCGCCCGCUGGCCCGUGAGUGUGUCUCUGCUGGCCUCCUCUCCUCAAAACGGCGUACU